AUGACCAAGUGGGUCGUAGGGUUGGCGCUACUGGCCGAUACGGUGCCGCAGGAGAGGCUCGCGCAGGCAAUGGGAUACGUUGGAGCCGCCAUGAGCAUUGGUAUACUAAUUGGGCCACUACUUGGUGGUGUGGUCUUUGACCGCGCGGGCUAUAGUGCCGUCUUUGGCAUGGCAUAUGCCCUGAUAGGACUCGACGUCAUUCUCCGCUUGCUACUGGUCGAGAAGAAGGUCGCUGCGAGGUGGAAUCUAGAAGCCGGUGGCCGAGGGUGGAACCAUACUGUGGAGAGUGCGGAGGAGGGAAGUAACGGAGUGGAUCAAGACUUGUCGAACGAUUUGGAGAAGGACCUCGUGAGAAGUUUCCCAACAGAUCCCGAACAAGGCAUUCCGAGACUGGCCGAGCGGACGUCACUCGAAGCCAGCAGUACACCACCAAGACUUCGAGUUCGCGAUCGACUACCGCCUCUUCUCUCACUCUUGUAUUCCCGCCGUCUUCUCGCAGCACUAUUCGGAGCCAUCAUGCAGGCCGGCGUUAUGACAGCCUUCGACUCCGUACUCACCAUUCAUGUUGCGGACAUCUUCCACUGGUCCUCAACAGGCGCAGCUCUCCUCUUCCUGCCCAUCGUCAUACCAUCCUUCCUAGGUCCCAUCUUCGGCUGGCUCAGCGAUAAAUAUGGAGGCCGCUACCUCGCAACUCUUGGAUUCCUCUGUGCAUGCCCGCCGCUGGUCUGUCUACGCUACAUCGACUCAAACACGAUCAACGACAAAGUGCUCAUAUGCGCACUACUAUUCCUUGUAGGACUGAGCCUGACAAUGACCUUCCCACCCAUUAUGGCGGAAAUAUCGGCUGUGGUGGAAGCAAAGGAAAAGAAGAUGAUCGCGAGCGGAAUGCGUGGCUACGGACCCGGGGGUGCAUAUGCACAGGCUUACGCUCUGUUCAACAUGGCAUUUGCUGCAGGAUGCACAUUGGGACCACUGCUUGCUGGGUUGCUUGUAGAACAAAAGGGUUGGUCAACCAUGGCUUGGGUACUUGGUCUGCUGUCAGCGGUCGCAGCCGUGCCGACCUUCUUUUGGCUGGGCGGGUUUCUGUUUGCCAAAGCCCCUGAAUGA